CUCGUCACCUUCCACCCCAAGUUCCCAGAAAAAUAAACCACCGCUCAUCUUCACCGCUAUAUAUACCAAAUAUUUGCAAAUAUAUUUCAAAAUAAUUGAUUGAGGGAAACCACAUAUAUACAUGCAAACAUGAAGAGGCGAACAGUCGGUCCAAGAAAAGGAGCAACGACGACGGCGAAGACAGUCACCAAUAAGGUGAUAAGGAAGAAUGCCAAUGGGGCGGCGGUGAUGAAGCAGGCGAAAGAGGCGGUGGCGGUGGCUGUGGAGGGGCGGAGAGAAGAGGCGGAAGACAGGGUACCAUCGGCGGAGGAGGUGGCGGACUGGGCGGGUUUGUGGAGUGGGGUUGAUGAGGAAAUGUCAUGGGCGACGAGUUGGUGCCCGUUUUGGGAGAUGGAGGCUACGGGGGAUGCUUAUGACGCCUUGUUUGGUGAUGUUUUGUGGGAUUUUGAUAUUUGGGACUUGAAAGCAAUUGGGAAUGCUCCUCAAAAUGCAUGACAAACGCACUUUUUCUUAGUUAUUUAUUUAUUUUCCCGUCGACGUCUUUUAGUUUGCUAGAGAGAGAGAGAGAGAGAGAAAUUGACGAAGUUUCUAGUUUAUCCUGUUUUUGUGUUUUCCGAUCGGGCAGUGUUGAAUCGCGCAGUGUAUAGGGGUUAUAUAUGUUAAGUUGUGAA